AUGGAAUCGAGCGGUCUGAGGAAGAGAGUAGCCGAUAUGAUGGAUGGGGGCAAGUACAAGCCAAAAGGCUAUGGGAUGGCCGCCGCCGGCCAGAGGCUCCCGUGUGCGCUGCUGCUGCUGCUGGUUCUCGCCGGCGCCGCGUUGAGCGUCGUCGUCAUGCACAAGGUUAGGGAGCAGCGCGCCUUUGCUGUGGUUCUCAAGGAGCGCGACGUGCAGGCCGUCUCCCUCCGGAUCCAACUCCAGAAAGAGAAGGCAUAUGGCAAAGAGACGAAGAGGAAGGCGGAAGAAAUGAAGGCCACGAUGUCUUCCCUGAGAACUCAGAAGACAGACCUGAAAACAAAGCUCAAGGCGCUGGAAGCCACGGCCACAAUCCUCAAGAACGUGCAGAAAGAACUCGAAGCAUCUCUCAAGGAGAGAGAGAGCCGCAUCAGCCAAAUGGAAGGGAAAGCCGCAAAUCUUCACAGCACUCGGAAAGCACUGGAAGCAACUCUGAAGGAACGAGACAACCGCAUCAAGCAAAUGCAAGAUAAAGUCACGAGUGCUGAGAAAACUCUGAAGGAACAGGAGCUGUCUCUAAAGGCGAGAGACAGCCGCAUCAGCCAACUGGAAGAGAAAACCGCCGCAGCGUCAAAUCCUGACCAGAUGGCAGCCCUCAUGGAAAUCCUGCAGCGGAAGGAAGCUGAGCUCGAGGAGAUCAAGACCAGGUUCCAGGACUACAGGACUACAGACAGAAAAGUUGUAAGUAGUAAGAGCACUUCGGCACGAACAAACCCAACAACACCUGCCGUUGUAGUAGCAGGAAAGGUUACGAACUCCAGCAGGAAUAGUACUAUACCUGCUAGAUCUGAAGAGAAGAGAGCUGGCAACACCACAGUGACAGAAAGCAAACUUCAGAAACCGAAGACCAGAUCUUUGGAAGAAAAGCAGGUGAAGCUCGCAGUCAGAGGCAACACAAAAGUUGAUGAUUUGCAGGAGCAAGAUACUGAUUUCUUAGAUAUGGAUGAUAUUUAUGGAGGCAGCCAUAACAAGAAGUCUGAACUUGCUCGACGGAAUAAGAAGGUUUUGACCGACAGUCAUGCCGAAAACCAAAAGUCAGGGCACCCCCUGGACCAGCAGGACAGCCAUCAUGUCAGAUAUAACAAGCUGCUUGAGAAUGAGAACAUCAAAACAGAUGAAACCAAGAAGAAGAACAGUACUGUUGGGCACUUGGAAAAGAUCUCCAAAGACAGCUUAAGCGACGUCAACCUAGACAGACCGAGACAAAGGAUGACUGGUGCUGCUGAUGUGAAGCCGAAGGUGCCUGUAAAUGAUGAUUUGCAGCAAAACAAGAAGCAGAAGAACAAAAAGCCCAAAUCCAAGAAGAAGGUGGUCGAUACUUCAACUUGGUGA